ACAUCAACUCACCGAGUCAUCGGCUUGGAUAGCCCACAGAUUAAUCCGUUCUGGAAACGAGCCGCAGCUGGCAAUCUCCGUCAGUCUCUUCCUAAGUCUGUCAUCUUCAACAGAUUCGAUGCUUGUAGAAAUAGAGAUUUCGGCAAUUUCCUCUCUCUCUCUCUCCCCAGUUUGGCGAUGAGCAGUUGAAGGGAAGGAGCUUCUCGAUCGGAGAUGGCGGGCAAUUAUCGCAACGAGGCGAGCAGCAGCGGCGGCGGAGGCGGAAACGGCGGCGGCGGCGGCGGCGGCAGAGGAGAGACGGUCGUCGUGGAUUACGGCCGGCGGAGAAGCUCUUGCGGAUACUGCAGAUCUCCCAUUGGGUCCAGCGUUUCUCACGGCUUGUGGGCGCAGAGCCUAACCGUGGAUGACUAUCAAGAUCUCCUUGAUCGAGGAUGGAGGAGAUCUGGCUCUUUCCUUUACAAGCCUGAUAUGAGUAGCACGUGUUGCCCUUCUUAUACUAUCCGCCUAAAAGCAGCAGACUUUUCUCCUUCCAAGGAGCAAAAUCGAGUAUGCAGACGGAUGGAAAGGUUUUUGGAUGGUACACUCAACACCGGAGCCAAGUAUGAACUCUCGGAGGAUUUAAGUACUUCUAAAGUGACAUGUGAUUGUGAAUGUCAUGGAAGGUCAAGCUUGGCAACAGUUGAACCUUCUGUGGGCAAGGAGGGGGACAAGAAUGAGCCAGAACAAUUUAUGUAUUACUUGUCUGAUGCAAUUGAUAAGGCAGUGCAUACAUGCAUUGAAAGUGAGAUGUUUCCUGCCAAUCUUCAAUUACCUAAAGCUUCUGUCAAAGGAGUCUCCCCGACCAAAAAGAAGAAGCUAGUCAAAGGAUUAGAAAAUCUCUUGUAUACCAGUAACAUUGCUUUCCAAUUGGCUGCCGCUAUAAAGCGUGCACGAUCAGAAGAAAAGGAUGAAAAACAGUCAAAAUUCUCUGGAAAUUUGGCAAAAGACCAGCUGCCUUCUGAGUUGCUUCCUCAGACUAUUGGAGAAAAGUUGGCGCAGUCAUUGUCUGAGAUGGGUGAAAUAUCUGGCCUCUUGAUCCAAGCAUGUGACGGACAUCUUAACUUUUAUUCUAUUGCAGAGCACACUUCAGCAGAUAAGGCUGGCCAAGAAAAGUGUCUCUCUAAAGAAUCUUCAGCAAGAAGUGGAAACAAGAGAAGAUGUUUGGUGAGGUGCUGUAGCUGUUGUGCAGGAAAAAGGCGGAAGCUUGAGAUUCUUCUGAAAAGAUCCACUUUUGAGCCUGAAGAAUUUGAGCUGUACAGACGAUAUCAGUUGAAAGUGCACAAUGACAAUCCAGACCAUGUCACAGAGAGUGCGUACAGGAGAUUUUUGGUUGACACACCAUUGGUUUUUGUUCCCCCUUCUGGUGAUGGUUUAGUUCCUCCCUGCGGUUUUGGGUCUUUCCAUCAGACAUAUGUUAUUGAUGGCCGAUUAGUUGCUGUUGGUGUGGUGGAUAUCCUUCCUAAAUGCUUGUCAAGUAAAUAUUUAUUUUGGGACCCUGACUUUGCCUUUCUUUCUUUGGGAAAAUAUUCGGCUUUGCAAGAAAUAUCUUGGGUGAAGGAGAAUCGAGUUCACUGCCCCAGUCUUCAGUAUUAUUACCUUGGCUAUUACAUUCAUUCAUGCAGCAAGAUGAGAUAUAAAGCAGCGUAUCAUCCAUCUGAGCUUCUAUGUCCCCUCCGUUACCAGUGGGUUCCCUUCAACGUUGCAAAGCCUCUGCUUGAUAGAAGUAAGUAUGUUGUCCUGUCAGAUUAUAAAGACCAAGAUGAAAAGCCGUUGCUGCCUCCAGUUUCUGAUUGUAUCAGUGAACAUCAGCCUGACGAAAGUGAGCAUAAGGACUUGAAUGAUCUUUUAGUUGAAGACGAAGGGAUGUUUGACCUUGAUGACGAAGAGUCUGAUGUUGAAUCAGAAAGUGAAAGCUUUAAUGUGGAACUCUCUGAAACAGAGGAUAAAAAUAUUGGAAAUACUCUAAUAGGGUUUCAGGGGUCUCGCCUGAGAUACAAGGAUCUGCAAGGGACCUUUGGUCUUAGAAACCUGGAAGCCCAAGUGCGUCGGUACAUGAGGGUGGUUGGUCGAGAGUUGUCUGAGCGAAUGGUCUAUUCACUUGAGUGAUCUAUUUUUUCGAGAAAGAACAAGGCAAGUGUUACCACAGGUGAUGUUAAGCGGCUGCUCAUUUGCUGCCUGAAUAAUGUCAUCUUUUCAGGACUGAUCCAAUGUCAGUGCCACCCUUAGGCUUGAUUGAUGUAUGAUGUGAGCACGUGCUGCUAUGCCUUACGAUGUUCUUCCAUUGAACUUGUUGAUUUAGUCGACGAAAUUUCAGAUGAACCUUGUCCCUGCGCAGCGUUAUUUUCUUGUGUCGUGACAUAGAUAAUCCCCUAAAAAGGGAUUGCCUGUGCAUUUCUCUUGGA